CGCGAGCCCGCGGCCCCGGGGCUCCCGCCAUCCGCCAACGCCGGGAGCCCGGCCUCCCCGCGCCCUGCCCUCCGCGUCGGGGGCCGCCCGCCGCAGACACGGGACCUGCUUCGAGGCCGCUUUGGCGCCAAAUCCUGAGGACUGCCUGUGGCUGCAGUAGCAGUAAGAGAAGCUCUCAGGUUCUCUAAUGAUCUUGCUUCACCAUGGCUACAAAUAUGGAGGGGCUGGUUCAGCACAGAGUGGGGACCCAGCAGGUGGCUGAGGUACCACGGACACAGACCUCUCGGCCGGAAUCUCCAGGGAUGACCAGCCCCUCCCCACGCAUCCAGAUAAUCUCCACCGACUCUGCGGUAGCUUCACCUCAGCGAAUUCAGAUUGUGACAGACCAGCAGACAGGACAGAAGAUCCAGAUAGUCACCGCAGUGGACGCCUCCGGAUCCCCCAAGCAGCAGUUCAUCCUGACCAGCCCAGAUGGAGCUGGAACUGGGAAGGUGAUCCUGGCUUCUCCGGAGACAUCCAGUGCCAAGCAGCUCAUAUUCACCACCUCGGACAACCUCGUCCCUGGCAGGAUCCAGAUUGUCACGGACUCUGCUUCUGUGGAGCGCUUGCUGGGUAAGGCCGACGUCCAGCGGCCGCAGGUAGUAGAAUACUGUGUGGUCUGUGGCGACAAAGCCUCUGGCCGUCACUAUGGGGCUGUUAGUUGUGAAGGUUGCAAAGGUUUCUUCAAAAGGAGUGUAAGGAAAAAUCUGACCUAUAGCUGCCGGAGCAACCAAGACUGUAUCAUAAACAAACACCACCGGAACCGCUGUCAGUUUUGCCGGCUGAAAAAAUGCUUAGAGAUGGGCAUGAAGAUGGAAUCUGUGCAGAGUGAACGGAAGCCCUUUGAUGUACAACGGGAGAAACCAAGCAAUUGUGCUGCUUCAACUGAGAAAAUCUAUAUCCGGAAGGACCUGAGAAGUCCUCUGAUAGCCACUCCCACGUUUGUGGCAGAUAAAGAUGGAGCAAGACAAACAGGUCUUCUUGAUCCAGGGAUGCUUGUGAACAUCCAGCAGCCUCUGAUACGUGAGGAUGGUACAGUUCUCCUGGCCACGGAUUCCAAGGCUGAAACAAGCCAGGGAGCCCUGGGCACGCUGGCAAAUGUAGUAACCUCCCUUGCCAACUUAAGUGAAUCCCUGAACAAUGGUGAUGCUUCGGAAAUGCAGCCGGAGGACCAGUCUGCGAGUGAAAUUACCCGGGCAUUUGAUACCUUAGCUAAAGCACUUAAUACCACAGAUAGCUCCUCACCUCCAAGCCUAGCAGAUGGGAUAGACGCCAGUGGAGGAGGAGGCAUCCACGUGAUCAGCAGAGACCAGUCCACACCCAUCAUUGAGGUCGAAGGGCCCCUCCUUUCAGACACUCAUGUCACAUUUAAGCUCACGAUGCCUAGCCCGAUGCCAGAGUACCUCAAUGUGCACUACAUCUGCGAGUCAGCAUCCCGCCUGCUUUUCCUCUCCAUGCACUGGGCCAGGUCAAUCCCAGCCUUUCAGGCACUUGGGCAGGACUGCAACACCAGCCUGGUGCGGGCCUGCUGGAACGAGCUCUUCACCCUUGGCCUUGCCCAGUGUGCCCAGGUCAUGAGUCUCUCCACUAUCCUGGCAGCCAUUGUCAACCACCUGCAGAACAGCAUCCAGGAAGAUAAACUUUCUGGAGACCGGAUAAAGCAAGUCAUGGAGCACAUCUGGAAGCUUCAGGAGUUCUGUAACAGUAUGGCGAAGCUGGAUAUAGAUGGCUAUGAGUAUGCAUACCUUAAAGCUAUAGUUCUCUUUAGUCCCGAUCACCCAGGUUUGACCAGCACAAGCCAGAUUGAAAAAUUCCAAGAAAAGGCACAGAUGGAAUUGCAGGACUAUGUUCAGAAAACCUACUCAGAAGAUACCUACCGAUUGGCCCGGAUUCUUGUUCGCCUGCCAGCACUCAGGCUGAUGAGCUCCAACAUAACAGAAGAACUUUUUUUUACCGGUCUCAUUGGCAAUGUGUCAAUAGACAGCAUAAUCCCCUACAUCCUCAAGAUGGAGACAGCAGAGUAUAACGGCCAGAUCACCGGAGCCAGCCUAUAGUGAGCACCACACGCCUGCCGAGAAGCAAAAGGAUCCUUCCAGGACUGCUCAGAGACCGAGAAAAUAAAGUAAUGGUAUUUUGGUAUGUGCAAAUAUUUCCAGUAUGUUAGCCAUUUCCUACCUGGUUUCUUCUUAUCUGUUAAUCACAGACAAUAGCAACUAAAAGACUAGUAGGAUCCUUUCCUGCCAUAAGAAAUGUUUUAAUGCCUUUUGAUGAAGCAGAUUUUGGAACAAUCUUUUAACCCAAUUUGUAUUUAGAAAUUCUCAAAGGGCAAAAAACAGAGUUUUAUGAUGUCAGAGACUAGUAUUAAACAAAACUAAAAGAACCUAAGAGAACAGUAUGUGUGUAUAUAUAUUAAAAAUGUCCUUGGAAUUAAUAGCUACUAAUUACCAGGGUAAUAAUAUUAGCACUUUCUAAGCACUUCUUAUCAAUGCGUAAUGUUAGCAACAUCUUGCCCUUGGGCAGGACAAAUGGAAAACUGUAUAUGUCUUUUGCCGAAAUGCUAAUAAUUUCUGUGAAAACGCACUAGGGUACAGGAGACAAUCAUUUAUGUUUAAGAAGAGAUGGCAUCAUUCCUAAUUGUAUGCACACAUUGGUGGUGUUGAACUAAAUUCCUAUGAAUGAAUGAAAAUGUGGUUCAUCUGUAUCAUGCAGUAAGUGGGAGUGUGGAGGCACAGUUGGUGGUGACCCGAACUGGAAGCUUCCUCAGCUUUUGAGUUGAUGACGCUUGUCAGCUUCCCUGACCUCUGGUUCUGGUCUAUGACGGGCAUCUGCAGGCUCCUCCAAACCCGGGGCUCCUUCUCAUGACUGGUUCUCAGAAUUGGAUUACAACCAGUCAGACAUUAACUGCCAGUUCGUGCUGCAACUGAAAGCAUCCCUACAUCACCUCCACCACUCACGGCAGACAGAGCCUUCUGACCAAAAAGUGCAAGGUGGGCAUUUUGAACCCAACAGUAAUUCCUGAAUGCAGUCUGGGGCAGUUGCUUGUUGUUCAGACGGAGUACAAAGGCUCCCUUCUCACAGGGUUUCCAUUCCAGACAUCCCCUUGAGAAGGGCUGUAUUCCUGCAGCUCACUCGGAUCUGUGAGGGGAUUUGGGGCCAGGGGGUGGGGGGCGGUGCAGGAUUUUGCUGCCUGGCCAGGGUGGUGGUGGUGCAGCUGAAUGGAAGGCUUCUCGGUUGACCUUAAAUAUCAGGGUUUUCCACAGUGUCUCCAGACUCAGCACUUCUGUUGGCAAUUCUCUGAGUGGUACUGGUACACCGUGCACUUUGAUUCCCCCAGGAGUGUGCCAGCAAAAAACCCUGGAGCAUUUUAGGUGAUGGAUGCAGAAGCAAGCUACCUGCUCUUAAAAAACAAAACAACAACAAAAAAGAACAACAG